UCUUCCUGAGCGUUCGGGCCGCCUAAGGUGAGGCUCGCUCUCGCGUUCCUCACUGGCGGCGCCAGGUGUAUGCAGCGGCGAUGCGUGCGUGCGAGCGAGCGAGCGAGCGAGCGAUCGACCGACCGACCGACUGUACGGAUCCUGGAGAAGGGAGAAAGAGAGGGAGAGAGAAGGAGGGCGAGUGAGGCGUGCGCGUAAAAUAGCCGCAUUGAAUUGCACUGAAUCAACAGGUAGAUCGGCGGCAGGGUCGGUAUGCGUGGGACGAUGUACGCGCGAUCUCUCGUAGAACCGGGAUUCGCCGCCGCUGGUCCCUACGAAAAAUGCAGCGUCCGCGACGCGCUAGCACGCACGACGACGAGACGCCACUGCUGCUAUAAGGAAGAGGUGCAUUAGAGGACGACGUGCGACGUCGACGGCAACGGCGAGCGGGCCCAGUCGACGAUCGGGAACGAGGAGGGAGCGGCGUUCGGUGUGGAAACGCGCGUUCUUCUCUAAACGCGCGUGUGCUUCGCGGACGCGCGAAUUCCGCGCAUACCAACGCCGCUGGUCCCCGGCUUCCCCGCGAGCGGUGGCGACGGCGGCGCGGCGGCGACGGCGGUGGCGGCGGCAGCGGCUGUGACGGCGACAGCGCAGUGCGGCGCGGCGCGGCGGCGGUGGCGGCAGCGUCCGGAUCGAGAGAGUGAUUUUUGUGAUCGCCGCUCUCGUCAAUGACACGCGCGGAAUGCGCUGAGCGAGCGCGCGAUCCCACGCUGCGCUAUACGCGCCGACAUUGUUACGCGUACACGUACUACGCCUCGCUCACCGCGCUGCUAGCCUUUAAAAAACCGUUCGGACGAAUUCAUCCGAUGCGCGUGAGAUGCGGACGUGCGUUUUGAAUGUGGCGCAGGGUAAACGGCGGACCUCGUGAGGAGCAACGAGGACUGGAGGGUGCAUUGAUAAAAGUGAAAUAAAAAAGACUGCCAGACAUUCCAAAUGGGCAAUAAAAGCCCAUUAUGGCCCAGUGUCAUCAGUCGCAACAUCAGCACGAAUUUUUGCCCCUGUGCGAUGUACUGUUCAACAUUAUUUCCUUAGCAUCAUACUUCUGCGAUGUUGUAUUCGAUCUCGCGAUGGUCUACGCCCUUGCCCAUCAAGCAAUAGCACCACCUGUAUUAUUUCCACUGAGCGUCACUCUCAUAGCCACUUCUCUGCUGAUUUCUCAAAUCAUCAGCUUAAGAUGGUAUCUCUGGGGAGCUAGAGGCAAAUUGACAAAUAACAACGCGCCGGACGAAUGCGAUGCGAGUCCAGUUAAGAAAACAGGCAACUGGACAGUAGGCUGUGUUCUGCUACUCCAUUCCACCCAAGUCGGUGUACUAUGGAGAUACUUCAAAUUAUUUAUCCCAGUCAAUUUAACUUAUGUAAAACAUGAGGUACGAGAGCUCUGCGUAUUGCGACUGAUACAUGCGUUCUGUGAGGCCGCUCCGAUGCUACUUCUGCAGCUGUAUCUUCUGUCCAUCGGCGUUAGCGAUGACGGUGAGACAGAGGCCGGGAAACCAAAGGAUAACGACGGCAAGGAUGGCAGCAAAUUAGCCAAACUGACGGCGGUGUCGGCGGGACUUUCUUUGUGGAGCGUGUGUUGGGCGGUUGCCAGUUUCAGUAAGGGUGCCGCGCGUCUGCGGAAUCUAGAACGCUUAGUGCUGACAUGGUUGGGAGUGCUGGCGCAAUUGGCCUGGCGUCUGGGGACAGUGAGCGCUCGUGUCGGAGCGCUGGUUGUGUACGCUUCGCUGUACGGCGGACAGUGGCUGCUAAUCGUGAUGGCUCUGCACUGGCUGUCGAUGCUAACAUGGUUGCUGUUGACGCCAGACGGACUCUUUCACGGGGGCGAACGUCUCCCUCUGAUCAGGAAGACAUUCCUCGCUUCCUUACUCGCUUUUGUAUAUAUAUUCGCGUAUGUUAAUCUACAUGAGACGAAUCAUCGUCAGAAAAUGGUAAUAUUUUACACCGUGAUGUUUCUUGAGAACAGUCUGCUCAUCGGGGUGUGGGUGGCGGGUGUUAAUCGUACCGAUCUAUUGCCUCACCAGCAUCAUCCACAGCCAGUAACUUUGGUGCUUAUUCUCUUGGCUCUAUUCUUUGGUGGUAUGUUCUUCAUGGGUCUUUAUUACAGAUUUUUUCACGUGAGAAGACUGAGGUACGAAGCUGGUGGGAGAAUGACUGGUUCGAAUCUCACAACAUUAUCAAAUCAGGACAAUUCAGAAGAGAAACAGAUAGAUUAUAAUGAGGAGAAAAAGGUCAACAUUGGCAUCGGCAUGAGGAAGGUCAAGUUGAGCAAUGGCGGUAUACCGGGCGUGUUCAAUUGCCGUUUCGCGAAUCCAACGGCUGUGAAUCUGAAUCGCAAGAAGAAGAAGCCAACGACCUUCGUGCCUCCACCGCCGCCACAAUCGCAGACGGGCACGGUGAUGGGUUCCGUGACGACGGUGGGAGAUUCGAAGCAAUGGCUCAACGUCGGUAAUGGCUCGCGGCAGUUGAUUCCAUUCUGGAAGAAGCCGUUAUCAUCCACCAAUAUAGCACAGAACGAUAACUCUAACGAGCGGAAAGACGAGACCGAUAUGGCGGUCGGUGGCUCGUUAAACGUCACGCUAAUUCGGGAAAAACUAAAGGAAAAGAAGCAGCAGCAGUUGCGUGAAUUGCGAGCCAUCCAAGAGGAGAUUAAGGAGGGCAAAUUAUUCCCGCCUCCAUCCGCCAACACAUCCUCUUUCUCGACCUCACCUUCUGUCUCCAAUCAGCAACCGCCGCCGAACACGAAGCUUCACACGUCCCCGAGCUCGCCGUUGUUCACGUCUCCGCCGUCGUUCCCCGAGCAAAACGGCGGCGGCGUGUUAUCAUCCUGGCCGCCCGUGAAAAUGCACUGCCUCUUACCUCCGCCGCCUUCCUCCCCGUAUUACCAUAAUCCUCAUCCUUCGAAUCCGUGGAGGACGGCGCCGCAAAGGGAACGAGCGGACACGCCGGAGAUACUGCUGGCGCCGCGUUGCCUUCCGCAUCAUUAUUCUCACUGGUCUCCACCUGGACAUCUCAGUCACAGGCUGCACACAAAUCAAAACGGCGGCGAAGAAAGUUCCAAGGGCGAGGGCGAGGGAGAAGCAGAAAUUAGCGACAUGGAAGGCAGUCAGGUGUCGUUACCUAGAAGCUAUACGCUCCCCCGAGAGUUCAAGUAUAAUCAUCCCAAUAAUGUCGCGAGAGAACGGGAGCGUCGCGUGGGAAAUAACAAAGUGCCGCCGUCGCGUUUCUAUUUACCAUCUACCAAUAGUUCCGACGGCGACGUAGACAGCGCUGAUAACGAAGACGAGACGGAUUCCGAGGCGCAAAUCCGAACGAAGGUCAAUCACGGUCACAAUCAUGACGAAGCUAUGCAAAGGCGUCAUGUGUACGAGAAUAACGAGGCGAACGGCACAGCCGAUUGCAAUACGCAGUGUGGCGCGUCCAACAUAAUGCCCAACAAUUGUUAUCCAAAUAAUUCGCAUGGUGCCUUACGACCGAAUCAGUUAUUUAGAACCCGAGUGAAACACGAAACGAAACUUUGAGUUGUAAUUGUCGAUUUUUGCGAUGCGACACACAUAUUUGAUACACUCCUUCCAGGAAUCGAUCCGUCCAUUCGAUUGUUGACGAUGUAUAGCCGUUAACUUGGCAAAAUAAGUGAGUAAUAAUACUUCGCAAAAUAAGUUGAGCAAUAAUACUCAACGUGGUGUAUUAAUUGUAUUAUAUAUAAUACACCAACAUACUGGUAUAUACAUUUUUCCUUCCUCUGCAAGAGUAUUGACGCGUAUUACUCUUGCGAUAUAGUAGAACUUCAUUCAAUUUCAUUAUGGCGUCCCGUAUGCGGGACUAACGGAUUGAUCACAACGAAGGAUCACAAUGAAUAGAAUAUCUUUAGAUACAUUUUAAGGAAGGACAGAUGGAUGAUCGCGACAAAUAAUAAUGUGUCUUAAUUAAAAUUAAUAUCAGAUGUUUUACACAUAAAGUUACCUGAAUAUACCAGAAAUCGAGAAUCGUACACUCCUUCACUCGUACUCACAAAGGACAUGCGUAAUGAUAAAUUAGUAGUAACGAAUUUAAGGUAUUUUACGCUAUUUAAAGAGAUAUAUUCAUAUUUUGUUAUACGUUUGUAAAUAUACAAACCAACAGAUGAUUGAUACA